GUAAAAACCAAAAAGAGAGAGAGAGAGAGAGAGGGAGAGGGAGAGGGAACCUAUCACCAUAGGCACCACGGAAAAAUAGUUCAAGAAAGAAUUGCAGAUUAUUAUUUUUUUCGACCAAGAUUUCCCAGGAGUUGAGAGUGUCUUGGCAGCUCGGAGGGAAUCGCUGCAGGUGCGCGGAGGGGCGAGAUGGGGACUCUGGAUAGAAAUGUUGCUCAAGACAUCAGCCAGCAGAUCAACGAUGCUCUGGGACGCCUGCAAAGCAAGCAGCUCUUCCAAACCACCUGGGAUAUCGUGGCUUUUGCCAUCUUCUUCGCCUUCAUUGGGAUGGUUCUCUUGCUGGGCCUCCUUGCGUUGAUCCGAUGUUGCUGCUGUGAUUGUGAUACUCCGCGUUCGUACAAGAAGAUCAAGAAAAGAAAAGUUGGUAUUGAUAAUAAGGGCAUGGAACCUUAGAUUCCAUAUGACCAAUCACCUGAGCGUUCGGCUUUUCUGAUUUUUCUCUGCUGUGCUGGAAUUUAUUGUAAGAAAUCAGAUUUCUUCUGGGAGGAACUACGAGACAGGUGAGCCCUCAAGAGGCUUAGAUGCUCAUACGAUGAUGAUUCUUAGUCCAUGUCUGACCUGCCAUAAGUUGGGGCGAAAAAUUCAACCAUUCUCACCGUUGGCCAACUAUCGGUUCUUCUGAUCAUUAGUAACAAGGAAAAGAGCUAACUAAAUACGUAGAGUUCAUGAACAACGAUCGUCCUCUUUCGCAAACUCCUAUCUUGUUGGUCUGCCCGUUGGAUUUGUUAGCAUGUGCUUUAAAAAUGGAGCGUCAAUCACAAGGCGCCUACUUUGGCCAUCUUCUUCCCAUCAACUGCUGAUAGCAAAAAAAGAACCAAUAAUUCAAAUUAAUGCGUGGGCUGUUUUUAUUGACCUAAAUUGGAUGUUUCUAUAGAAACAGCCCAGACCUUGUACCACCUUCGUAUAGCAUUAUCCUCUUUGUAAUACUGAAAAUGUUUUUUUUAAUUUAUCAGUUCAGGAUGUUUUGCACCAAGGGGUGUCCAGGUCUGGCAACUAUAAAAAUUGUGGAUUUCAAUUCCCAGAAUUCUGGGAGUUGGAAGUCCGCAAGUUUUAAACAGUUGCCAAGAUUGGACUCCACUGAUUUAUACCUUCUUGUUCUAAUAUCCCAGAUUUGUUACUUUUCCAAGAUUGGUGUCCUAAUUUUCAAUGUAAAUUAUAAUCUGUGAUUAUUGUGAAUCUCUUGUUGUGUAGACACACUUUCUAAUUGUUGUUGAAUAAAUUUAGAUGGCUGUAUAAGUAAA